AAUAUUUAUAUAUAUAUAUAUAUAUAUCUGUGUUUGUUCGGAUGGAAUCUUGCAACUCAAUUUUGAAGCAGAUAUCUUUAUUCGAUUGAGCUGAAAUUUCGUACACACGUUUAAUUUGGAUGACAAUGACAUGGUUAGCUGUGUGACGUCAUUCUAAAUCCUAUACGGCGUAAAAAACAAAAUAGCGGGCUAGUUACUUUUGACUCACUCCUACAAUAUGGGUAUUCAAUGAAAAGGCUUGCUGAGAAUAACUCGGAAAAUAUAGUGACGUCACCCUAAAUCCAAUAAGGCGGACUUAAAAAGAUGGCAGACAAAGUUUUUUUAUACUUUCCUACAAUAUGGGUAUCAAAUAAAAGGUCUUGCUGAGAAUAACUCGAAAAAUAUAGUGACGUAACCUUAUAUCCAGAAUGGCGGACUUAAAAAGUUAUGAAAUGAAAAGUCUUGCUGAGAAUAUGAGGUUAUUGAAAAAAUAAUUAAAAGUAAAAGAAAUCGGCCGAGUGCGUGUCGUGCCACGUGCAGUGUGGGGUUCCGUAGUUGCCUUUCGUUACCACAAUAUAUUUGAGCAGGAGUCUAUAUGUUCUCAAAAAAAAUAAUUCAAUAGGUAAGAAGUUUUCUUUAACCAAAGUUGAACGACUAUUACUCUUAAACUAACAUAUAUAAUGUAAUCUUACCUGUUAUAAUUUUCCUUAAAAGUUCAUAAAAAUCACUAUUCAUUUUUUCCAGAUUUUUCAAGUCAAUAGUUUAGCUUUUAGAGAAGGCGAUGCCCUACUCAAACUAAAUUAGGACUUUUAAGAUCAAUAUUUCGCAAACGGAUCCCUAAUCGAAACCCCCCUUAGUAAUUUUAAAAAACCCACCAAAGAUACCCCCCACGAUGGGAUAAACGAUGAAAAUAAUUCUACAAUUUUCUCGUCGUAAUUGAUAUACAUAUCUCCACUUAAUUACAGCUCUCUAGUGCUAACAGUCUCCAAGCAAAACCGGGGACAGACAGACAGAUGGACAUGUCGAAACUAUAAGGGUUCCUUGCCAGGACUACAGAACCCUAAAAAGGGCAAAGAUAUUCCUAAUGUUACACUGUGCCCCUUGUAACACUGUGCCCUUUGUAACACUGUGCCCUUGUAACAUUGCCCCCCACUACAGCCUACUCUUUUCUUUUCUAAAAUUUAAAAACAACCUUUUGAUUAUGUGCUAAAAAUAAAAUAAAAUUUUCCUUUUAAACUUUUACUGUCAACUUGUAACGUCAUUAAACAAAAUUUCAUAAGCUUUUACCAGUUAGAUAAACAAAAUUUGAUUGUAUUAUAAUUUUCAAACUAUUUAAAUAUCAGUUAACCUAUUUAAACCUAAACAAAAAGAUAUGAAAGAAUGUCGUUGGAGACUUCUACUUUCUUUAAUCCCGGAAGAACAUGGUGAAAGUUAUAUUUGAUGAGAGUUGAAAGUCCACAUAAUUCAAGAAUUGAGCAGCAGCGAAAAUGAUAAGAUGAAUGUCAUCUUAUCGAUGAAUGUGAAAAGAUAUUGGAACGUAAAAAUAAAUUAACAAAUAAUAUUGAUGAUCUAAAUGAUUCGCAUAACAGGAAAACCCACAACCUUUAAUAGUUCCUUUUAAAUCGAAUCAUGAGGAACUAUUUAAAACUAAAUUUAUAGAUAUUGUUCUGAUAUGAAUAGUAAAUUAACAGAUAAAUCUAUUUUUUUUCUUGAGGACUAUCUGAUGACCUCUUCAAAUUCAUGAAUCACAAUAUGUACUUAUUAUUUAUUAAAUAUCAAAGUUUUAUAUGGAUUGAGACAUAGGAUACACUUUAUCCAGAAAAGUCUUAAGAUAUUUAUCAUAAUCAGCCUAUUAAUGUCCCUACUGUUGGGGCACAUAUUUUCCCUAUGGAUGGAAUAAAGCAAUUGGGCCAUGGCCCACCACGCCGAUCCAUGGCGGAUUGGUGUGCGCUAACGAUUGCAGGUGCAGCCAGGACCAACGGCUUAACGUGCCUUCUAAAGCAUGGAAGAGCACGAGAUAGUAAAUCUUUGGUCACCCAUUCUAUAAACGACCACUGCGAAACUUGCUUAACUUCAACGAUUGCAAUCGAACGCGCUAACCACUUGCGUCAUCGAGCUUCUCGCUGGUAUGGUAUUAUAUAGGUUUAAAUUGCUAUUGUAAAUUAAAAGUCUACACUUUUAUUUUUUAUAAUUACCCACAAUUUUUUUUUCUGGCGCCAUGAUAUAUCACAAAAAAAACAACAUCAGCACAUCUAACUGUAAAUAAUUUGGAUUAAGAGUAUAAUAGAUAUAGGUCACCCCUAAAAGGCUCCACGCUGAUCAGUAGCCCGAGCACGAACAACUAUCGAGAAAGUAUUCGUAUCGUCAUUAAAAUUUUUUGGGAAGCUAGUUUGUUCUUACGUCUGAUAGGAGCCACAGAACACAGAAAGACAUUAGAAAGGUAAUCAUAGACCGUUUGACGGGAACCGAUAUCGCUGGCUCACCCCAACAACACUUCUACCUAAUAGAUAAUAAUAGCCAAUUAAACAAUGCGUCAUCAAACAAUCGUACCAAUCAGCGUUCACACCCAAGAACAAAUACGCAAUCAGAAGAAAAUUUUGCUCAAGUUAUGAGCAUUUGCUCACAUAACUGUGGCGGGCCUGCCCCGCCCACACAGCCCUUCUAACCUCUUUCUGUGCUUCUUGAACGCAGCGUAUUUUCCAUAGAAACUUUGACUGAUCUGUCAAAGUUCGUGCUUGGAGUACUGUUCUGAGCCGUCUGCAUCCAUCGACUUCCCGCGACCUCUACUGAAUUGCCGAUCCGCCAUUUUUUAUGUUUAGGAAAAUGUGUGACGCAUCCCUCCCCUCCGGGUAAGAAACGAGGUUAUGAGAGACUCCUCCUCCCCCAAAUCCCAACCACCCGCUUAGCUAGGCCACGGGACCGGCCCAACGGAAGUUCUGGACAAGCCCCACCUUGCCCUAUCCACUAAGAACCUAACAGCGUCACCUGGUCCGCCGGAAUGGGUUUCGUGGGAUCCAAAAACUUCCCACGGUUACCUCCGGCAGUUCCUCCUCCUUCUUGCGGUCGGGGAUUGUCGACCCACCUGGUAAGAGGCCUUAAAUCUUCAAUAUCAGGUGGAGUAUGUAAGUUUCUAGUGCUCUUAUACUAUUUAUAAAAACGUGACGAUAGCGCGAUUCAGAAGCCGUUGGUACAGCGGUCGUUAUAAACAAGCAAUGACUCCAUCUAAGUCACUUUAAAUGUUUUCAUCGAAGGAAUUUUUAGUAGAUAAGAUUUUUUUAAAACUAAAGUUGAACGACUAUUACUCUUGUAGUAAAAAUCAAAAGUAAUUGAUCUAUCUUAACCGUUAUAUUUUUUCUCAAAAAUUUAUGAAAAGCAUCAAUCAUUAAUUUUUCCAGAUUUUUCAAGCCAAUAGUUUAGUUUUUAGAGGAGAGGGGGACGCAGUACUCAAACAAAAAUUUGCACUUUAAAGUGUAAUAUUUCUCAAAUGGAUCCAUAAAUCGAAAAUUAGUCCUCGCAACCCCUAAGUCAUUUUAAAGGACCUGUUCAACGAUACCCUGCACGAUGGGGUAGACGAUGAAAAAAAAAUCAGGACUACAGAACUCUAAAAAGGCGAAAGUAUUCCUAAUGUUACACUGUGCCCCGUGUUAAAUUGCCCCCCACUUUAGCCUACUCUUUUCUUCUUCCUCGUGUUUGACUCUAUCGCCUAGGCAAAUGCUGAGUCCUAAAGACUAUUCAGUUAGUUGAGACGAGAAAUUGUAUGAAGAAUGGAUUGUUAAUUAUUUGCCGAUCAGAUUAAGGCAAGUUACUAAGAAUAUUUUAGUUACACUCACCCUAGCCACGAUUAAAUUUUUGGUUGGUGGUGAAAUUGAUAUAACUGAAAAAAUAAAAUGUGUUAUUGUUACACUAUGGCCUAUUUACACCACAUUAUAAUUUAUUAAUAUUUACGAUUACGACAUAGCCGUAAAAUUGGUUGGAUGUGUAAGAAAAAAUCUAUUAAGUGUAUACAUUUUAUUAAUGUGUAAGGUAAGUAAAUGGUAGGUAACUCUAUUCUCAAUAAUUAUAUCGAUACGGGAGCAUAAAUUUAUAGCACUACAGAAUAUUAAUGCGUGACUAAAAUCAUAUUAUGCAAGGUAGAGAAUUUCCGUUUGAGGAAAACUAAAAUAUGAGCAACCUAAAAUUUCUUACAAUUACAACUUACGAACUUCAUAUAUUUAUCAAUUAGUAAUUAUUUACAUAAUGUUUACGUAGCCUCUACUAUAUUAUUAAAAGCUUACCUUUUGAGAACACUAAGCACAAAAAAGUAAAGCAAUAAUUCAUUUUUUUUAUAUAAAAACUGUGUUCUUUGCAACAAAACAAAAACCACCUUUUAAAAAAGUUCGUACUUAAUAAAUAUCAUAACAGACGCAAGUGAACAAGUACUGCUACAAUAUCUGUAUGAUAACCUCAGCAUAGUGGGAGACAAUGUUAUCUUCUUACUAUUAAAAAUACAUUUUAUUAUUAUGAGAAUUUUAGUCUGUUUGAGAACAUCGCAAAUAGAAUUGUUAUUAUUAUUAUUUUACUAAAAAAGUCAUUCAUUUGUUUUUACGUGGAGCCUGAUGACGCAAGUGGCUAACGCGUACGGUCUGCGAUCGUUAAAUGAGCACCUAUAUAAGUACAGGCAUCCUCAUCAUAGUCGACAGUCGACAGAGUGACUCGGACGAGAUUCCAGGUUUUAAACAGAAGGUCUUAGACGAAUAUAUUAUAAAAAGUAGCCGUUGGCAAUCAAGAUGAAGACUGCAUUAGUAUUCACUGUUUUGAUAGCGUGUCUGAUCCAAGAAGGGCUGGCAAAUGAAGCGUGUUCUCCAUUGUCAGAACCAGACUUCAGAGCACCAGGUCGUCGAUUAAGCGAAGAAAGGUGCCGCGAAUACAAUUGGGAGAGAAAAUGUUCAUCUGGCCAGGAUGUCGAAGUCAAUGAACAUCCUUAUUUGGGUGCCAUCGCAUACAGGAACGAGAAUGGAGAUUUGAUUUUUGCAAGCGCAGCAACCCUCAUCAGUCCAAAGUUCGCAGUGACUGCUGGACACUGUUUGCGGCAUCUGGAUAUGACGCCUGAGUUCGUCAGAUUCGGCAACAAGAACAUUACAUCUGAGACAGCUAUUGACGCCAAAAUCGUCAGAAAAAAUUCUCACCCACAAUAUACUUAUCGGAUAUUUAAAAAUGAUAUAGGCCUUUUGGAGUUUGAGAAUGCAUUGCCCGUGAACAAGGCCGUCACACCCGCUUGUCUUUGGUCGCAAGAGAUUGGCAGUGGUGCUGCAAAGGUGUCAGCUUGGGCAACCACGGGUGGCAACAAAUUACCUGACGUUCUGAGAACUAUGACAGUGCAAAUAAUGGACUCCGAAUCUUGUGAGAAGGCCGCAAUUCCAUAUUUUCACAGACAUUUCCCCAAGUUAGAGGGUCAACUUUGCGUCAACGAUUCAUCCGAUCCUAAAGAGUACUUUUCUAAAGGGUCUUCUGGAGCGCCAAUAGUUGUCUCAGCACCUGUCGCCGAAGGAGAAGACAUGUCGUACGUUAAAGCCUUCGCUACGUUUGGCUCCCUGUAUAGAACUGGCGGCAUUACCUUUUACACCAAGAUUCCCAAUUACAUCGAUUGGAUCGAACAACAAGUGUGGGGAAUAACUCCAUUUUAAGAUGAAAUAAAAAUGUUAUUUUGACAGAA